AUGGCAGGGCUCUUGCCUCCCUACACGGAGGAGACCGCUAAGCAGAAAGUGCAGCGAGCGCAGGAUCUCUGGAACUCAAAAAACCCACCCGAAAUCGCAAAGGCCUACACCCCCACCAGCACCUGGAGGAACAGAGACCAAUUUUUCAGCGGCACAGAGGACAUCGAGACCUUUCUGACCAAUAAAUUUGCGAAGGAGAUAAACUACAAACUGCGCAAGGAGCUGUUUGCCUUCACGGAUAACAGAAUUGCAGUGCAGUUCUGGUAUGAGUAUCAGGAUCGGGACGAUAGUAUGAAAUGGAAGCGGUGCUAUGGGAUUGAGCACUGGACGUUUGAAACCGAAGGAGAACAUGCGGGGAAAAUGCAGAAGAGGAACAUGAGCGGCAAUGAUGUGUUAAUUGGGGAAGGAGGAAAUGGGGACGGGAGGUGGUAUGAAUGA